AUGUCAACUGAUAGAACAAAUGAAUUAAUUAAUAAUUACAAUCAAAUAUUAUCAAAAGUACAUAGUUUAAAUCCAAAUUGUAAAUUAGUUGCUGUAUCUAAGUAUAAACCAUCUUCAGAUAUAUUAUCAUUAUAUAACCAUGGGGUUCGUCAUUUUGGUGAAAAUUAUACUCAAGAAUUAAUUAGUAAAGCUCAAGAAUUACCAAAAGAUAUUCGUUGGCAUUUUAUAGGAAAUUUACAAAGUGGUAAAGCAAAAGAUUUAUGUAAAAAUGUACCAAACUUAUAUGCUAUUGAAACUAUUGAUUCAUUAAAGAAAUGUAAACAAGUAAAUACUCAAAGAAAUAAACAUGAAGGUGAGAAUAUAAAUAUUUUCUUACAAGUGAAUACAUCUGGAGAAGAACAAAAAUCUGGAUAUUUGAAAAUUGAAGAGAUUGAAGAGACAAUAGAAUGGAUCUUAAGUGAUGAAUGUAAUAAAUUGAACCUUAAAGGUUUAAUGACGAUUGGCUCAUUUACUGAAAGUACAUCAGGUGAAGAAAAUAAAGAUUUUAAAAAGCUAACAGAUCUAAAGAAAGAGUUAGAUAGCAAGUACAAUUUAAAUCUUGAAUUAAGUAUGGGUAUGAGUAACGAUUUUGAACAAGCAAUUAAACAAGGUAGUACGUCAGUUAGAGUUGGAUCUUCUAUAUUUGGGGCAAGACUUACAAAGGAAGAAAUUAAAAGUAAUUAG